AUUGUUCUCCAGACGCCCAGCUCAGCCAGGCCAGCAGCACCCUCGUUCGCCCAUGGCCCUCCUGCUCUCUCUACUCACCGCCCUGGUGGUGUUCAGUGCUGGCCCCGGGGGAGCUCUGGGCUGUGACCUGCCUCAGGACCACGUUCUGCUCAGCAGGGAGAACUUAGAGCUUCUGAGCCAAAUGAGCACGAUCUCCCCUUUCUUCUGUCUGAAGGACAGAAAGGACUUCAGAUUCCCCCGGGCAACGGUGGAUGGCAGCCAGGUCCAGAAGGCCCAGGCCAUCGCUGUCCUCCACGAGAUGCUCCAGCAGGUCUUCAACCUCUUGUCCACAGAGAACUCCUGGAACACGACCCUCCUGGACCAACUGCGCUCAGGACUCCAUCGGCAGCUGGAAGACCUGGACACGUGUUUGGUGGAGGAGAUGGGAGAGGAAGGAUCUGCCCUGGCCAUGCAGCGCCCUACCCUGGCCUUGAAGAGGUACUUCCAGGGCAUCCGUCUCUACCUGGAGGAGAAGAAAUACAGUGACUGUGCCUGGGAAGUUGUCAGAGUGGAAAUCAGGAAAUCCUUCUCCUCAAUAACAGCCUUGCAAGAAAGGCUAAGAAAUAAGGAUGGAGACGUGAGGUCACCUUGAAAGGAUUCUCGUGGAUGAAUGUGCCAC